GCUUGUUUUCAUUGGUUGGACAUGGAAAAGAAUGAUGACAACAAUCAACCAAAGUGGAGUGGUUGAGUUAGGUUAGGUUGUGAAUUUUUGAUCUUCAAAUAUAAAAUGUAUUCGUGAUUUUAAUCUAUUUUAUACUGAAAUUCACUCUUAACACAAACUUGUUAUAUACACCAAAUUAGUAAACAAUACAGGAUGAAUAUUAUCUUGACAUUGGCCUUAAUAUUGUGUUUCAAUGUUAGAGAUUUUGUCAAAGGAAAAACGAAAAAAUCCAAAUCCGUUACUACCUUGUUAGAAGCAAAAUGGGAAGCAACUCCUCUUGUUUUGGAAGUAGCUGAAUAUUUGGCUGAUGAGAAUGAGGAUUUUUAUUGGAACUUCAUUGAUGCUAUAAGUUCUUUGGAACCACCAUUGACAUCAAUAGAAAAUGAUAGAGACCAGUAUCACAAGGUUAUGGGGCUUACUUCAAAGCUCAUUACAAAGUCGCAGCUGUCAGUACUGAAAUUAGGUUUAUCUUUGCAUAUUUAUUCACCCAAAGUACAAAUGUUUGGCCAAAUAGCACGGGAAAGAAAAUUGCCGUCUUGUUCCACAGUUGCUGAUGUAGGAGGGGUAUUAACUUGUGAUUUGAAAGAACUUGAAUCACUUUUACGUAAGCAAGAAGGUAAUUUGGCCCAAAUAGAAGUUUUCAAAGUUGAUACUCAUUUUCCUGGUUCAGCUAAUCGCUCAAUGACUGCUGUUUUAUAUGGACAGCUGGGAACACCAGAGUUUUCCCAAUUCCAUAGGUUGUUGAAACAGUUUGCUUUAGAAGGCAAAAUCGACUAUAUUAUUCGUCAUUAUGUUAAGGAUAACAACUCGAAGCCAUUACGAUUAUCUGGGUAUGGAGUAGAGCUACAAAUGAAAUCAACUGAGUACAAAUCUCAAGAUGAUACAAAGGUCCAUGAAGAUGAGAAGUCCGAUGACAACUCUGAAGAAGAAGAAGAUUUAGAACUGGAAGGAUUUGAAUUCUCAAAAUUGAAGAAAAUAUUUCCACAUCUUCUAAAGGAACUGAAUGAAUUUAAAACACAUCUCGAGGAAACUUCCAAUGAACUGGCGCCUCUGAAAGUAUGGCAGUUCCAAGAAUUGAGCUUACAAGCCUCUGAGAGGAUCAUGACAUCUCCAAAAGAGGAAGCUUUGAAAGUUUUAAUAAACAUUGCCCAAAAUUUUCCUAUGCAGGCUAAAGGACUAGUCAAAACUGUUGUCAACUCGGACUUGAAAUAUGAAAUGAAGAGAAAUUCCGAUAAGUUUUCCACGAAUCUCAAUCUACAACCUUCAGACACGGCUCUCUUCAUCAACGGAAUGUUUUAUGAUGUCGAUUUAAUUGACAUCUUUGGAAUUCUCGAAGUGCUUCGGCAGGAACUUAGGGCAAUGGAAGGCCUACAUAGCAUUGGAAUUAGUAAUAAAAGAAUGUCUACACUUCUUGGUUUAGAUUUUGGGGAUGAUAGCGGUAGUCAGGAGUUCGCAAUAGAUAUCAGGGAUUCGGCAAUAAACUGGAUGAACGAUAUAGAACACGAUUCCAGUUAUGCAAGGUGGUCCACUAGUUUCAUGGAGCUGCUCAGGCCUACCUUUCCUGGCAUGCUUCGGCAGAUCAGGAGAAAUAUGUAUAACUUGGAGAGGAUUCGGUGUACGAUUUUGGUAGACAACUGUCAUUUGACUUCAUCCAAAGAACAGGACUGAAGGUAUUUCCUCAGGCUCUGCUCAAUGGAAUCCCUCUGCCCCAAAAACAAAUAACUGUCGAUGAAUUUGAGGAAGCAGUUCUACAAGAAAUUAUGUCUCAGACUCCUAGUUUCCAGAAAAACGUAUAUCGUGGAAAAUUAUCUGAUACCGAUGAUGUUUUUGAAUUUAUAAUGAACCAACCGAAUGUGAUGCCUAGGCUGAAUGACAGAAUCCUGAACAAAGAAAGAUCCUUCCACUUGGAUAUGUCAGGAACAGCAUCAAGCACUAACAAUCUCCAAGCACUCCUACAGCUGAGCUCUAGAGACAUGACUGCCACCGCUAUGGAAAAUUUGAAAUAUUUCUCCGUUCCUAGGAAAGGAAAGAAUCCCCAUUCGAUGACUUAUUGGAUUGUAGGAGAUUUGAAUUGUUUGAAAUCAAGGAAAAUAUUGUUGGAUGCCCUGGAAAAUUUGAAAUCAGCAAGUGAUGUGAGAGUGAGUUUCUUACCAAACGUCAAUGGUGGAAAGGAUAACGAGUUGAAUAAAAUCGUCUUGACUGCAGUGCAAGAACUACCAACGGAGAAAGCUCUGGGAUUAGUUUUAUCACUUCUGAGGGAUGAUUCCGCAGCUGAGACCUUGAAAAAAGGUGAAAAGCUGGAUAUUCCC